AUGAAGAUUGUGGGUCUGCAGGGUCAUGCUGUUCUCCGCGUGGCCCUGAGGAUCUGCUCAAACACGGCUAUAAACGUGCACGGGAAAGAUGUGAUGCCGGAGUUCAACAAGGUUCUGGAGAAGAUGAAGGGCUUCUCUCACAAAGUCAGCCGUGGCGAGUGGAAAGGAUACUCUGGGAAAUCCAUCACUGAUGUGCACAUCAUUAAUGUUGGCAUCGGUGGAUCUGAUCUGGGUCCAUUAAUAGUGACAGAGGCCCUGAAGCCCUAUUGUAAAGGUGGACCCCGCAUCUGGUUUGUGUCUAACAUCGAAGGGACUCUGGCUGAACUCAACGCUGAGACCACACUCUUUAUGUCCGCAUCGAAGACAUUUACAACCCAGGAAACCAUCACAAAUGCUGAAUCAGUGAAGGAGUGGUUCCUGAGUCUCCUCUCCUGCAGCGGUAAAUCUGCAGUUGCCAAGCAUUUCGUGGCACUCUCAACCAAUGGACCCAAAGUGAAGGACUUUGGCAUCGACCCGGAGAACAUGUUUGAGAUUUGGGACGACACUCAUUUCCAUACGGCUCCUGUGGAUCAGAACGCACCCAUGCCUUGGUACAUCAAUGUCUUCCAGACGGAGACUCACUGUCUUCUGCCGUAUGAUCAGUACAUGCACCGCUUCGCUGCCUACUUCUAACAGGGUAUGAGAAUCUACAGGGUGAGAUGAAAGUACAUCAUUACUGAGGGUAACCAGGUGAACUAUCACACCGGGCCGAUCGUAUGAGAACCGGGAACUUACGGACAGCACGCUCUCCACCAGCUCAUUCAUCAAGGAACUUGUAUGAUUCCUGCUGACUUCCUCAUUCCUGCCCAGUCUCAACAUCCAAUCAGAAACAACCUCCGCCACAAGGUUUUUCUGGCAAAUAUCCUGGUGCAGACAGAGGUGCUGAUGAAGGGAAAGAUGACAGAAGAGACAAAGAAAGAGCUGGAAGCAUGUGGACUGAGAGAGAAGCUAGAGAAAAUUCUGCCUCACAAAGUGAGAAUAUAAAGUCAAUCGCUGGUUUACACUGACCUCGACAGGACACAAAACACACUACACUCUACUGCUCUCACUAAAUCUGCAGUAUGCAGUAUGUAUAGCAUGCACAGUAUACAGAUUUU